UCUUGAGUUUGGCCAAGUGACUACAUACAACUCAGGCUAUGGAGUCAGAAGGUUUUUACACUGAUCUCGUCUAUCCAAAAGAGAAUGUGUACGACACCAUAGACAUAGGUAAGACUGUGCACAGGAACCCGGAAUCCCAGCAAACAGGUGUGGUGGAAUCAGACGUCAGACCACGUCCUUACAGACUACCCACCACAUGUCUGGGGCUGAUGUGUGCUGUCUUGCUGACUGUCAUCAUAGCCCUGAGUGUCUACUAUAACGUAUUCUCUCACAGUGUCAGUGCUACUGACCUGUUGAGUGAUACACUGGUUCAGCACACAGUGAACCACAGCAAUCUGGCUGCUUUCAAUAAGGAAUUCAAGGAGGGGGAAAAUAGUAUUGGUUCAAAAGCCAUAGAGCUGAACAAAAUUCUACAGGCAUUUUCAGACAGCUUCCCUGUUAUACUGGAGUACUGUCCUGUUAACAGUGAGACACAGAUGAGACGCUGUUCUCCCUGUCCAAAGAACUGGCUGCAGCACAAUGAGAAAUGUUACUUCUUUUCCUCUGAGACAAUGAACUGGGUAAACAGCCGUUCUUACUGCAGCUCAAUGGGGGUACGGCUGGUGAUUAUCGGCAGUGUGCAGGAACAGGCCUUCAUCUGGAAGAUGGUGAAAAAGUCAAAGAAAGAUUUCUGGAUUGGGCUGAGAAAUGUUUGCAAGAAGAGAGGUUGGCGCUGGGUUAAUGAAAACCGGCUGCAGAGGUACGUUUAUUGGAAACCUGGACAACCUUACAAUGGCGAACAGAGACGGUCCUGUGUGGCUGCUGAAGCUGGUGUCAGUACCCUCAAUAACUGGAAAAACCAUGAGUGCACUGACAAACUGCCCUGGAUCUGUGCAGCUGAAGCCCUGAGAGUCCCUCCAUAGACUCUCUAUGUGUGAAGGUACUGCAGCCCUCUCUGCAUAGACACACUGGUGUCCUGGACUCUGCAAUCUAAUUUCAUCCUACAAUAUGCUUUUAUCAAAGAUUUUUUGUGCAUAUUAUAGAAACAUUGUCCUAUUAUUUACAUUCAUUCGGUGCCUUGCAAAAGUAUUCACUCCUUUCCAAUAGUGUUGGGUGUUGUUUAAUAUUAAACUAUGUACUGUAUAUAGUACUUUUCUGGACACUCCACUCAACGCGCUUU